AUGGCGGACGUGGUUCAGUUCAAGCUGGAGCGCAUGCUCAACGAGCUAGACGACCUGGAGCGACGCGGCUUGUUUAGCCGCCGUGAGAUAACAGAGAUAGUCAAGCAGCGUCGCAAGUUUGAGUAUAGGCUCAAGCGGCCAAGCCCACUGAAGCAGGAUUUCUUAGCCUAUAUUGACUAUGAGAAACAACUCGAUGCCCUCCGCCUCCUCCGUAAAAAAGCCCUUUCAAAGAAUUCUGGCAACAAAAAAUCGAAAAAAUCCAUCUCCGAUUACGCUGGUGUUUCUAGGAUUAUGGAAAUUUACAGACUUGCCACGACCCGGUUCAAAAGUGAUAUUCAGCUCUGGUUCCAGUACUUGGAAUUCUGUAAAGCACGUGGCCACGGUAGGAUGAAAAAGGCUUUAGCUCAAGUAAUUAGGUUUCAUCCAAAAUUGCCCGGUGUUUGGAUUUAUGCUGCUGCUUGGGAAUUCGACCACAACCUGAAUGUCACUGCUGCUCGUGCUCUUAUGCAAAGUGGUUUGAGAGCAUGCCCAACUUCUGAGGAUCUUUGGAUUGAGUAUCUUCGUAUGGAACUCACAUACCUUAACAAAUUAAAAGCUCGGAAGGUUGCUUUAGGGGAAGAUGAAAGAACCCUGACUAAGGAUGCUCGUGAAGCUGAUGAGGAACAGUGGAGAGAUGAGAACAACGAAUUAUUUAUGGCCCUUGAUGAGAGGAAAUAUGAUAAUAAGACAUCUGGUGUCCAAGAUGGUGAGUCUGAGGGGAAGGUCGACGUGCUCAGGGAACAUGGUUUAAAUGUUCUUCGUACUGUUUAUAAUAGUGCAAUUGAAGCCCUACCUACUAGUUUCAGCCUCAGAACGAAGUUCAUUCAGAUACUGGAAGCAACAAACUUAACUAAUUCAGAAGAUAUGCGAAAUGAGAUACUUAAUGACAUGAAAAAGGACUUCUCACAAGAACCGAAAUACUGGGAUUGGCUUGCAAGACUUGAAACAGCUGACUUUAAAGAAAUUAAACAAAAGCAAUUAAGCAAAGCAAUUCAGGUUUAUGAGGAGAGUUUGGAAAUUGUACCAUCAGCUACAAUGUUCAAUUUCUAUGUUAAGUUUCUCAUGGAUGCAAUUAAAAAUGAAAAUGGUGAUGAAAUGUCUACUGUUCACUUCAGCACUUCUGCUGAUACUCUUCAUCCUAUUUCGCAUCUUCAAAUAGUAUUUGAGAAGGCUGAAAGCCUGGGUUGCAUUACUGAAGAUCUUGCUUGUCAACAUGUUUCAUUUUUAUCGCAACUGGGAAAAUCUGAGGAAGCUAAAGUGCUGAUACAAAAGCUUUGUAAUGGAAAAUUUUCACAUGCAGUGCAUUUAUGGACUUUGCGGCUCUCAAUGGAAAUGAGAGACAUUCAAAACAAAUCACCUUCUCCUAGCAAGGCUGAUCUAUCAUCCAUCUUUACGCUCCUAAUUGAUGUUCUGAAGAAAGUGAACAUCUCAGAAGCUGAAAAUUUGUGGCUAAUGGGGCUGAAAUAUUUUGCAAAUCAAAGACAUCACCUUGACAAGCUGGUGGAGACUUCUUUUCUUUUAUUGGCCAAAGAUGGUGGAAGUGAUAGUGGAUUUUCUCUCUCUUCGGCAAUUGUAAAUUUUGUUCUUCAAAGGGAUGGAGUAAAGCCUGCAAGAGAAAUUUAUAGACGAUUUCUUACUUUACCUCAUUCAGGACUUGCUAUAUAUAGAAAUUGCAUUGAGCUGGAAUUGAACCUCGCAUCUGCUGGGGACAAGAGUUGUCUUCAAAAUGUUCGGAAAUUGUAUGAAUCGGCACUUGCAACUUAUAGUCAAGAUGCACGCUUGUGGCAAGACUAUUAUUCGAUGGAGAUCAAGAUGGGGACGUCUGAAACAGCUGCAGCUGUCCAUUGGCGUUCUAGGAAAAUAAAGACAAUAGUAGUUCUUGCUCUCUCCAGAGCCAAAGGGCAGUCUUAUUCAGUUUUGGUCACAGCCAGCCAGCCAGCAAAGGACUAUUACAUUGUAGUUUCCUUGCGCUUCACCUCUAAAGUGCUCACCACAACUGCUGUUCUCCAUUACGGUAACUCAUUUACCAAAGUUUUCGGUCCUCCCCCUGGUGGACCAACAAUUGAGAUUGCUUCGUCUUUGAACCAGGCUAGAUCAAUACGUUGGAAUCUGACAGCGAGUGGACCUAGACCUAAUCCUCAAGGCUCAUACCACUAUGGAAUGAUCAAGCCAUCUAGGACCAUUAUUCUUGCUAACUCUGCUCCAUAUAUAAAUGGCAAACUGAGAUAUGCUGUCAACGAUGAUACUGUCCAGUCUUGGCACAUUGAUGGAUAUUCUUUCUUCGUUGUUGGAAUGGAUGGUGGACAGUGGACUCCUGCAAGUAGGUCAAGAUACAAUUUGAGAGACACAGUUGCCCAUUGUGUAUGCAAAAUCUUGACUGCAAUAUACAUAGCUUUGGACAAUAUAGGAAUGUGGAACAUAAGCAAGCUAGCAAUACUAGCUAGCACAGCUAGCCAUGGUAAUAGUAAUGCCAUACCGUAUUGGAAGAUUCUGGAAGAAGAUGAGAUGGAAGAAAUGCCACAUGCUUUCUAUUUUUCUGUUUCCUUUCUGUUGUACAAUUUGUUACAAGAUUCUCCACUUGCUGUAUGA